GCUUUCAGAUCAGCUUAUAAGAGAAAUUCAGUUGAGAGUAGUUUGCUUAGUUUCUCAAAAAAUUUAGCCAUUCACCUCUGAUCAUAGAAUAGCAGGGUUGGAAGGGACGCUAAACCAACCCAGAUAAGGAUCCUCAGACAAAAAAUUAUCUAAUAAGGAAAAGAGCAUAGUAAAUUCUACUUGAAGUGCACCUUUACACCCCUUCUUUCCAUGUGUUUCAAGACAGGAAUGUGUUUCAUGUAAUGUACAAGCACCCUCUUCUGUGAUUUGGGAACGUGAAAGCCCAUAGCGUUGUUUUUAAUCACUUUUUAUAACUGUCUUGUCUGGAUGCGGUGUUUAUGAUGGUACCGAAAUCCAUGAAGCCUCUGCCAUACUGUUCCACCUGAGUCGCAAGGGAGCUGAAGUUCAGAUGUAUGCUCCAGAUGUUCUUCAGAUGCACGUUAUUGACCACACCAAAGGACAGCCUGCUGAGGCUGAAUCGAGAAAUGUUUUAACGGAAUCAGCAAGGAUUGCUCGUGGUAAAAUCACAAACCUGGCUAAACUUACUACACAGGACCAUGAUGCUGUGAUCUUCCCUGGUGGCUUUGGAGCUGCUAAAAACCUAUCCACCUUUGCUGUGGACGGGAAGGAUUGCAAAGUGCACAAAGAAGUUGAACGGGUCCUUCAGGAGUUCCACAAAGCAGGCAAACCCAUUGGGCUGUGCUGCAUUUCACCAGUCCUGGCGGCAAAAGUACUCCCUGGUGCUGAAGUUACUGUGGGACACGAAGCAGAGGAAGGUGGGAAGUGGCCUUAUGCUGGAACUGCAGGUGCCAUUAAAGCACUAGGAGCAAAACAUUGUGUUAAAGAAGUAACCGAAGCUCAUGUGGACUUGAAAAACAAGGUGGUCACUACCCCGGCCUUUAUGUGCGAGACAGAAUUGCAUCACAUCUUCGAGGGCAUUGGGGCCAUGGUAAAGAAUGUCCUGAAAUUAACUGGCAAAUAUAGUGGUGUUUCAUAAAACAAGCUUUAGGAAAGAUUUGAAUUCGAAGUACACCACCAGAAAUAAAAAUCAAUUCUUUUGUAAACCACUGAUGAAACUGAUGAUCUUGUUCCCAGCUCUAUUCAGAUAAUGCCUUUUUAUGUAGUAGGGGUUUUUUUUGCAGUGAAUCUCAAGCACUUCUGAGCAGAAAGGUCUGCAGAAUGUCUCAUUAGGUACAGGCAGUGUGUCCUAAAUCCUAAAGUCUUGUCUUGGACUUAAGCUUCUGGGGAGGGUUACAUGGGAAUGAUCUGAGGCCAGCCAGCAUGCAACAAAACAUUCCUGAGGAAAAUACUAAAGAUUCACAUGACAAUUGAAUGGCAUGAGCAUCAGUCAUUAGCCAGAGUGGCAGUCUUGACUACUGGACUAAGUUUGAGAUACAUGGCUAACACCAUUUGGAGUUUCUGGCUGCUGCUCUUGGAAAACUAUGUUAAAAUUCACCUCUGGCUAGUUUAGUUAAAACGGCUGUUAUUACCUUUACUUUCCUGAGACUGCCUGUCUGUCUGGGUGCUCAGAUGUUGCUCAGGUUUGAGGAGAGAGAGAUUGAUCUGAAUCACAAAGGUAUUGGGGAAGACGCACUGAUGUGUGUUUCAGGCAGGGUUGCUGUAGUUUGCUGUUUAUGCAGAUGUAUGUGAGCUAAAAGCCAAGAUUGCUUUGAUUUAACCAAGGGAAUCACACAUGUUCCAAGUCCUAAUUCAUUGUUAGCUUUGUGUUGCUCAGGUUUUUUUUUCCUUUCUUUACUCGUUCUUUACUCGGGGCUUUUUUCUGUUUUAAAAAAACCUGCUCUUUCCAACAUGAAUAAAACUAAAUUUCAGGAGCAGGACAUAUCUUUAUCUAUAAAUAUAUAGAUUUUGAGGGCGCUAACCAUGAUUAAUAGCACAGUAAGCCUCCUGCAUAAAACAGGCCUGGAAAUUAAAAAAACAACCUGCUGCAGUAAUUGGUAAGGUUUAAAGACAUCACCCAUGCUAAUGUAAUUAUUUGCCUAGCAGUGAACACUGGAUACUACCACGUUCCCCUCACCAGAAUAACAAAGCUCUUCCAGAGAAAUACAGUCAAAUGUAGGAAGAAUGAUGGCUAAAUAAAUUAACUUCUGUCCAAUAAUCCUUUUACAAUGUUUAAUCAUGGAACCUUUUGCAUUUUGAAA